AUGACGACCCCUUCCGAAUCGAUUGCGGUGCUCUUCGUCUGCUUGGGAAACAUAUGCCGCUCUACUAUGGCUGAAGGGAUUUUCCGUUCAAUGGCUUCAAAACCGCCGUACAAUGUUUUGAUAAGCUCAGUGGAUAGCUGUGGGACAGGGGCGUAUCAUACUGGCAGUAGCCCGGACUCAAGAACUAUGUCUACACUCGAGGAUAACGGCAUCACUGAUUAUAGCCAUGCGGCUCGAAAGGUCCACACCUCCGAUUUCCAAAAGUUUGACUACAUCUUUGCUAUGGAUCGAGAUAACCUUCGAGACCUCCAGAGACUUCAACAACGAGCUGAUGGAAAGGCAAAAGUCAUGCUAUUCGGAGAGUUUGGUGGGAAGAAGAGAGCAGAGGAAGUCGAAGAUCCUUAUUAUGGUGGCCGAGAUGGGUUCGAGGUGGCGUAUGAGCAAAUCGUGAGGUUCUCCAAGAACUUCUUGAAGGAGACUUUUGAAGUAGGACCUAAAGUGGAACAAUCUUCACAUUUCUUCUAG